UUGAAUUUUGGACAAAUAAAUAAUUUUAAGGUAUAUAUUGCACCGCCAUUUGAAACUCCAGUAAUUACUGGAUCACCACAUCUCGUUGAAUGGUUCUCAGAUCUUACAGCGAUUGGCAAUAAAUGGAUUAAAUCUAGCGGUAAAAAAGAUGAUGCUGAGAAUUCAGUCUCGAAAUACGAUGGUGAAUGGGAAAUCGGUCCUCCUUCAAAGAUUGUCAGUGAUGGAGAUUAUGGUUUAAUUGUAAAAAGCAAAGCUAGGCAUCAUGCAAUUGCUUCCAAGCUUGCAAAGACUUUUGAAUUUGAUGGGAAACCAUAUGAAGUAAAGUAUGAAGAUGGACAAGAAUGCGGUGGUGGAUACAUUAAAUUAUUAACUAUCGGAGCCGAACAUAAACUAGCUGAAUUCACUGAUAAAACUCCAUAUACUAUAAUGUUUGGUCCUGAUAAGUGUGGUUCUACUUCCAAAAUCCAUUUUAUCAUACGAUUAAAAAAUCCUAAAAAUGACAUUAUCAGCGAGCACCAUGCGAAACAAUCAUCCAAAUCAUUAUCAGGAUAUUUUGAUGAUAGGAAAACACAUCUUUAUACACUUAUUGUCCGUCCUGACGAAACUUUUUCAGUUCUUGUUGAUAAUUCACAGAUUAUGUCUGGAAAUCUUCUUACGGAUUUGGAACCAUCAGUUACUCCACCAAAAAUGAUUGAUGAUGAAACCGACAAGAAACCGGCUGAUUGGGAUGAUAGAGAGAAAAUCGAAGAUAAAAAUGCUAAAAAACCGGAUGACUGGGAUGAGAAUGCGCCGCAAGAAAUCGAAGACGAUAAAGCUAACAAACCAGUGGACUGGUUGGAAAAUGAAGAACCUAUGGUCCCUGAUGAAGCUGCUGAAAAACCGGUAGACUGGGAUGAUGAAAUGGAUGGCAUUUGGGAAGCGCCAAAAAUAGAAAACCCGAAAUGCAAGGGCGUUAGUGGUUGUGGGCCGUGGAAACGGCCUAUGAUCCCUAAUCCUGCAUAUAAAGGCAAAUGGAAGCGUCCUAUGGUCAGUAAUCCAGAUUACAAAGGUAAAUGGAAGGCACGACAAACUGAAAACCCCUACUUCUUUGAACCUCAUCCUUAUUCACAACUGCAAUCUAUUUCCGCAGUUGGGUUUGAACUAUGGACGAUGAGUGGCAAUAUCAUAAUUGAUAAUAUAUUUGUGGGAAAUGAUGAAAGUGCUGCAUCCUCAUUUGCAAAACAAACCUUUACGGUUAAGUCCUCACAGGUACCAUUAUAUGAAAGCGCGUCAUCACCAAGUGAAGGUAUUGUCAAUAAAAUGAUUUCGGCAACUGAAGAAAGACCAUGGCUUUGGGCUGUUUAUAUUUUAUCGAUUCUUAUUCCAGUCAUUAUCAUCGCAAUAACGUGUUUCGGUCGUAAAAGCCGGCCAUCAACCAGCGACUAUAAAAAAACUGAUGAGGCCCAAGCGGACGAUGAUGACGAUAUUCCCAAUCUGGUGGGAGAUGAUGAUGAUUUAGAAGGUACAAAGGAAGAAAUAAAGGUUGCAGAUGAGGAGCGUUCGGCAUCGCGAUCACGGUCAACAAGUCGUGGGCGUAAUGGGAAUGCAAAGGUUAUUUAUAUUUUAAUAAUUUAUAAUUAA